AUGGCUAACUUCCUUUCCCGCCAUGCGCAGCCAAACGCCUCCAUUGUCAUCGUCGGAGCCGGCGUCUUUGGACUCGGUUUGGCCCACGAGCUGGCUCACGUCCGUGGCUACACCAACGUUACCGUACUUGACCGUUACCUGCCUCCUGUCCCUGACGGUAGCAGCGUUGACUCCUCCCGCAUUAUCAGAACGGAAUAUGCGGAUCCCUUGUACGCCCGGCUUGCAAAAGAGGCACUCGACGGCUGGCGCCACGAAUACGCGCCUUACUACCACGAAUGCGGCUUUGUCUUGCUGACCGGCAGAGACGACACCCCAUACACUGCCAAGGUUAGAAAGGAGCGACGUGCACAACACGCAGCGGGAAAGUCUCUGGCGCAAGACUUUGACGCCGACAAGGCCGAUAAGGCAAUAAAGCAGCUAUACCCGGCUGUGCAGGCUGAAAUAAGGGGUCUAGCUGCUAUGCACAAUCCUGAAGGCGGCUGGGCCGAUGCAGGUGCGGCAAUGCAAGAGCUGGCGCGAGCAGCAAGCCGAGCUGGCGUGUCAUUUGUCACGGGAAAGAACGGAACUGUUGUGGGACUGACGUACGACACCAGUGGAAAGCGAGUUAUUGGGGUAAAGCUGCUGUCGGAGCAGGAAAUGCCAGCCGCCCACGUCGUACUCGCAACAGGAGCGUGGACAAACAGCCUAGUUUCCGGUGUUAACCGCGCCAUAACUGCGUCCAGCCAGCCCAUCGGCUUUGUCCAACUUACUCCAGAGGAGGCGGCCGCUCUGGCAUCAACUCCAGUCAUGAUGAACAUGACGACGGGUGUCUUUUGCUUCCCUCCUACGCCAGGCACCCAUGUGCUGAAGCUGGCCCGCCACGGAUUUGGAUACGCAACACGCAUUUCGGUCUCAGUUGCUUCCGACGGCGCCGGAACCGCCAAGCAGCGGGUUGUAUCAUCGCCUAAUUUGGAACGAGACAACUCUCUGUCUGACUUUCUACCUCCUGAUGCCGAUGAGGCACUCCGGAAUGGUCUGCGCCAGUUCUUUCCAGCCUUUGCAGAUCGGCCGUGGCUCCGAAGACGCCUCUGCUGGUACACAGAGACGCCAACAAGCGACUUCGUUGUAAGCCACCACCCCCGUGUUGAUGGGCUUUUCUUUGCCACGGGUGGCUCGGGCCAUGCGUUUAAAUUUCUCCCCAUUCUUGGAAAAUAUAUUGCCGACUGUUUUGAGGGCACCGCGUCGGAAACCUUGCGUCAGAAAUGGCAAAUCUCGGUGUCAGAGGACGAUGAUGAAAUGACAAUGCUGGGUGACGGCAGCCGGGCAGGACCCCCUCGCCGAGUUUUAACAAGAGAAGAGCAGGCAAAGUUGUAAAGAU